AUGGAUCAGGUUGUCCGGUGGGUUGACGCGGUUGGCCACGACAGACUUCCUAAAGGAGGCAAUCACUGGUGUCUUUACCUCCGUGUUGGCGAAAGUCGCUCGGUACGCGUUGACAUCACGCCUUCUUAUGUUGUACCUAGUAUCUCGAUCCCAGGCGGCUCAAAGGCCAAUAUGAUAGUCAGCCUUUUGGAUUAUGGUGUCUCGCGCUCAGCACAGAAGGUUGUGAAGCUUGAUGUUCCGCGUGGCAAGACAGUGCGCGAAUUUGUGGACCUCCUUAUCCAGCACGGCCGGCACAAGUAUGAGUUCAACGCCCAGAGCCAGGGCUACAGGUACUAG